AUGCUUUCGAUGGAAGUAACAGACGGCCAACUAUCAAUGAAGGCCGUGGAAUAUGGUCCGUUAAGUGCGCUUUCUCUCCUAACAUGUCCAGGAUGCAAGAUUCUGCUAACAAACAGUGUGUGCCUUCGACGUGGUAUUUUACUGCUUACCGAAUUGAACUGCAUAGUAUUAGGUGGUGAUGACGAUUUACUCAUGAAAAUCGGCCGUCCAGUUGAAAUAAUGAUGAAACGUUUGAAUAUUGGUGUCUCACUGCAAAGACAAAGCUUCGUAUCUUUAAGCAAGACGGAAAAAGAAAUUAAUCAUGACAACGGUCCAAAGACUAACAAUAUUUCUCUUUCACAGCCUAAUAUGAAGCCUAUAAUGCAGGUGAAGCCACUUUCGGGUAAAAAACCGCCUUCAGAAACCCCGAAGCGAAAAGUAGUAUCUACAAGCAAAACUUUGCGAAUUGAACGAGCGGUGAACAGCAUUAAGCAACGAAUAAACAUUUCGCUGAAUGAAAAUCCUAGUAGUUCGGGCAGUAGGACGCCAAUCGCUGCUUCAACGACGAAACGCUCAGAGAAUUUGCCGUCGCAUACUGCACUUGCCAAACGGGUGAAAAAAGAAGUGAUUGACGAUGAAACCGAUAUCAUCUUUCUCGGAACUCCAACAUCAAUAAAGCAGGAAACAAGAGAAGAAAGCAAUCCGAAAAAAAUUAACUUACCCACGACACCCAAAAUGAUUGAUGAUCCAGUUGUUGUUGCUUAUAAAAGGCUUGGAGUUGAUUCGAUUGCAGCAGCAUUACGGGCAAUGCGAUAUGCUGUCGGACCGAGGCGUAAAAUGUUGGCUGCUGUAAUGGAAACAAAACCAUUGGAACCGCUACAUGUAAACAAUGAUGGAUUAUGGGCAUUGACUGUGGCACUAAGCGACGAAAGUUAUGAGUGCUUAACGUGUCUCGUGUCACAUAAAUUUCUUGUAGAACUGAUUGGUUGGACUCCGGAUGAAGCACUUGACGCACGCGCAAGUAAAGAUUCAGCACGGCGAAAGGAAGGCACGCUACGAACGAAAAGCGCUGGGCAAUCAAUGCGUCGGUUAGAUUUAAUCUGGGAAGUUGAAUUCUUUCCAAUCGGUGGUUCCACUCCCAUAAUUCACAGAAUCGAUACAUACGCUCAAAAAUUUGGUUUAAUUCGAUAA